AGAACACAUUGCAAGGAAGCAUGGUAUCAGGAAAAGUGAUCUCCUUGACAAUGAAGCAAAUGAUCUUGCUGUACGUGUAGCUCUAGCAGAAACACAUGUGAUAGCAGAAACAAAAAAGGCUCUGUCCAAUGCUGGAGUUAACAUUAAGGCAUUAGAAGAAUUUGCUUCUAAGAAGGCUGAAAAUUCCAAAAGAAGCAAUCACGUGAUAUUGGUUAAGAACUUGCCCUACACUUCUAAUGAAGGAGAUCUUGCUGGCAUGUUUGGAAAAUAUGGGAGUCUGAACAAAGUUGUUCUCCCACCUACAAGAGUCUUGGCCUUGGUAGUUUUUCUUGAAGCUGGAGAAGCUCGUGCUGCUUUUAAGGGUUUGGCUUAUAAACGAUACAAGGAUGUACCGCUAUACUUGGAAUGGGCUCCUACCGACAUUUUAUCUCCUAGCCCAAAGUUGAACAAUGAAGAACAAAACAAUGUAGUGGGUGAAGAAAAACUUAACAAAGUUUUAAUUCGGCAAGCUGUGGAAGGAAUAGCGGAAGAAGAAAUUGAUCCUGACAAGGUUGAGUCACGGUCAGUAUUUGUCAAGAACCUGAAUUUCAAGACUACCGACGAGUUACUAAGGAACCAUUUUAGUGACAAAAUGAAGAAUGGGACACUUAAAAGCGUAAAGGUGAAGAAGCAUGUUAAGGGUGGCAAGAAUGUCUCUAUGGGUUUCGGGUUCAUCGAAUUUGAUUCCGUGGAAACUGCUACCGAUGUAUGCAAGGAUCUACAGGGAACUGUCCUGGAUGGCCAUGCUCUUAUCUUACAACUUUGUCAUUCAAAGAAAGCCAGUGAGGCACCCAAAAACGAUGAGAAAAAUAAGAGCUCAACGACACUAAUGGUGAAAAAUGUUGCAUUCGAGGCAACAGAAAAGGAUUUAAAGCAGCUUUUCAGUCCAUUUGGUCAGAUCAAGAGCUUGAGGUUGCCAGUGAAGUUUGGUGGCCACCACAAGGGUUACGCAUUUGUCGAGUACAUCACGAAGCAAGAGGCCCAAAAUGCAAUGGAGAAUCUGUCGAGCACACAUCUCUACGGCCGCCACCUGGUCCUCGAACGAGCAAAAGAUAAAGAGACGAUGGAAGAUCUAAGAGCAAAGGCGGCUGCUCAGUUCGCAGAUGGACACAAUGUCCUGUCCAAGAAACGAAAACAAGAUACUUUGGCAGAGAAAGUCGAGAAGAUUGCAAGAAUAUUGUAGUUCUUCUGAAUGUGGUUGUAUCUGUUUUGCUCUACUUCUUAAAACUAAUUUAACAUGUAACAAAAAGAAAAUGUUGUAAGAAAUUUUGUUUGAAGUGUAAGUUGUGGUAAUUGUGAUUUUAAACCAUUUGCGGUUUUGUUUAAA